UCUGAAUUAAUUAUUGAAUAUAGGUUAGCAGUAUGAAGCAGAUGGAGGUCAACUACCGAAGAUUAGAUGAUCUUGCAGCUGCCAAUUUUCUGGGCAAACAAACCGGUGCGAGUAAUUUCUCGGAAGUUGCGACGGAGGAGAAAAAUGGGAAUAAUAAAAAUAAUGCGAUUGAGAGCAAAAACAAUAUUGAUCAUCAAUUUGUUGAUCUUAGGACGAGGGGACUGUGUUUGAUGCCUAUCUCCGCUCUUAUGAAUAUGAACUACCUCGGCUGAAAAUUCGAACGUGACGAUAAUGAGGUGUCGACCGUCUGAUCGAUCUUUCAAAUUUCAUCGUGAUGCAAAAAGACGUUACAUACAAAUACGUAAUAAAAUGAAGAAUUGCCGGAUCCGGUAUUGUAUAGAAUUUUCUUCGACCUUUUUUAAUUUUUAUUCCCCUUCUUAUUUUUCGACUUUGUUCAUAUGUGUGUGUUUGUGUGUGUGAGGAGUGAGUGUGUGACAUGUAAAAUGUUGACUCGGCCGCAUUAGCGGAACCGUAGUGGUUCACACAUUAAUAUGUUUCAAGGAAAAUAUAUAUAUUUGAUACUAUAUAUAUAGUUUUUACUUUUGUUUUUGAUACUAUAUGUAGUCUUACAUGCAUAGCUAGACAAUGAAUUGUUGUCUUAAAAUUAAGGAUGGUGAUUAAAUA